CAGUUAUGCCCGCCAGCUCUAACCGUGGUGCCGCCAAAUUGAAGUUCCAGUUGUAAAACCGGCAUUAACGUAGACUGCAAAAAUUUGGCUAAUUAGACGCCUAAAGAAAGUAAAUAAAUAGAUGAACUUGCGCGAGUCGAGUGUGGUGUCUGCGCGCGCAUCGUACGUCUUCCGCGCUGAAAGCUCUCGUAUGGGAGGGACGACGUUGUCGCGGACAAAUGUGAACGGAAAGGAAUUAAAAAGACGAGAAAAGCGUGCGCGUAAAAGCGGACGAGAUAAAAAAGGAAAACAGGCCCGAGUGACUUGGGGGGUGAUAAAAGAGUCAAAAAGGAACGAGAGAGAAGACCAUACGUGUAAGGAAGGAUUGGAGCCAAGUGGGGAUAUGUGCAAUUUUUUAAAAAGGUGAUACAAGAGGAGAGUCUUGACGGUGUGCUGUUGGUUGGUACGAAAUGAAAAAGUUGAGCUUUUAGUGCAUUUUUUGGUGGAAAAAAAUAAAACGGUGUCGGUAGGACUGUGCGUAACUUGUAUUCACCGACGAACUCGGAACGUGUAGUUACCACCGCGUGGAAAGCUCUUGGCAAAGAUCGUUGCUGAUCACCGAAAGUACAGACGGACGGGCUUCUUGAAUGCGUGAAAGUGUAGUGAAAUUUUUUUUUUUCAAAAAAAAAAAAAGUGACAAACCGACGUCAGUGUAUUUUUUGAAAAUCCUCUAUAGUAUCGGCACAGUUAACGUAGAGUGUUAUUGAUAAAAAACAAUGUGGUGAUAUGAAAUUAUGAAACUCGAUCCAUAGGAAUGAAUAUCAAGUGGAAAUUUAAUCACUGUAACCCCAAGGUACCCGAUCCAGAGGUCAUCCCGAUUCUUUGUACGUCGUCAACGAGAAUCCAGACGUCGGGCGCCAUUUAAAUCGUCGCUCUUGAAAAGCAAAUAGACGUAUUUUCACAUCGGUAAACAGCCCGGAUAAGCAACGUCACGAGAGCGACAGCGUCGAAAGGAUGAAGAGCCGUGAAGUCGUUAAGGAGUCACUCGCAGCAGUGGAGCAGUGCUUUACAAUCAGGGACUUUUGAAAUAAAUAGCUGUAAAUAAGUCGACGGCCGGCAGUAGCGAGGGAAUAAAUUAAGAAAAUUGAGAGAGUCCGCGUUAAGGAGCCGCGAAGGUGCGACAAGCGGAGAAGUAAGAAGGUAGCGAGAUAGAGCGGUGACCGGGUGGGGGAGGAAGAGAAUUAAAAAAAAUAAAGAAGGCGAAGAAAAAAAAAGGGUCUGGCGAAACGGUAGCGAAGAAAAAUAAAAAGAAAAAGAGAGAAGCACAGUCAGAGAAGGCGACUCCUCCAGUGUCCUGAUAAACGCUGAGUAAUGGGGACGCAAAUUGCGUGCAAGGAGUAUCACGUGAAAAAUGAAACCUGAAUGCAAAUUUCCUUGCGAAAGGAUCUUCGAGCGGCUCUGCCGGCGUCAUCGACGUGGGAACGUCGGACGGUAAAUCGUAUCGAACCGAAAUUCGCUAUGAGAGUACUAUGCAUUACGACAUUAAGAUGACGUCACCCGGAAGCGAAGAAGAGACGGAUCAAAUAAAAAAUCUAUUUUGAGCCUUCUACAGUAAAUUCGACUGGAUCCACUCGGCGAGGAUCUUAAAAGGAUUUUUCAUAUUUUUUUUUUGGAAAAAAUUUCAAUUUCAAAAUGAUGGCCGGUACGAGCGUAAGUGUGGGGGGUGCUGGGAUGCUGAGAACCAGAAGGCGGGACGUCAGUAUCAAACCCAACAGAAGACUGGAUAGAAAAUCGUCACGUGGUAUGAUUUAUGAGAACGAGGAACUUAGGCUGAGGACCAUAAACAUCAAUGCAGAAGUGGAACAAGGUCAGAACGACAUCAAGAAGCUGCGCAAGGAGAACGAGCAGCUGAGACGGGAAAUAUGGAGCCUUAGGGACGAGUACGACAAGCUAGAGGAGAUUCUGAAGCAUCAGAAGAGUCGCGAGGGUAGCGAGGAAUACGAGAAACGCUCCGACGAGGAUGAGGUCUCCUAUUCGGAUUACAGCGACGAGGAAGACGAAGUGGACAAUCAGGAGGAGAACGAGGAGCAAGAGGAGCAAGAGGAGCAGCUAGAGAACGCGGAAAAUCAGAAGAUCUCUACGGAGAAGAUGAACAGCAGCCUCCAUCGGCUGCACGUAGACUUUGACGACCUCUCCGUAGUGGACGAGGAGGAGGAAUUGCGAAAGGACAAGGAUCGUAAAGAAGCUGCUGGACCGGACGACAGUAGGGCACUAAAAGAUCCUGGAAAGAGCGACCAGACACGUGAUAAAGUGCAGGAUGGCUUCUCGUACUUCUCGACCCCCUACGACUCCCGCUCGGACACUCUGAGCGGAUCCGGUCAAAAUUACUACUCGGAGUGUCCCUUUGUAUUUCCAAAUCCGAACGAUGCAAAUUAUCCGAAGAUGUUACCGAUGGACAAUCCCACGUUACUGAUGUCACCCUGCGCGAGAGUCUACAGUGGUCCACUUACGCCGUUGCCAAGCCUGGAGGCUGCCGGGUUAGGAUCGGUCAGUCCGAUCUUCGGUCCAGGUGAUCACGCGAUCGGCCACUCGCAGCUUCCCAUUCGCAAUCCACCGAUUGGAUGGGAGAACAGCGUCGUGAAGACGGGUACGGCCGGCAAUCGUUUUCAGGGUAGCAUUCCAGUCGGUCAGACAUCAGGAGCAGCAGCCACUUUGAACUUGAGCAACGGCCAAUCGUUGUCGUCGAGUGGUGUCAGCGCUGAUGGAUCAUUGGGGACCAGGUCGCAAAGCUUACAAAGAUCCUUCAUGAGACAGGAGACUGCGUUCCCGUCGCCGGCCGGUAACAAUGUCUAUGAGAAUUAUACAGGAUCGUUCAGUGGUGCGAGCUCGCAGAGAAGAAACGUACCUUUGAAACAGCCGGUAGAAUACUUGGGCGAAGGCUCGCAAGACACUGCCACGAUGGGACUGAGUUCAGGGGAAGCAUUCUUGCGGAGCGAACGGGACUUCGGCAGGGGGAUGCUGGUCCAUCGGGAGGAGGAAAGUAAGACUGAUAAGAUGACGUCAAAGGAGAACACGGAGAAUUCCAUGAAUCUUAACCAGGAGGGGGUGGAGAAAAAAAUGUCGGAAGCGUCAACGUUACCUAUGUCGGAAAGGCCAAAACACUUUUUCGCGCCGUUAUCCUCAAAAUUGAAAAUGCAUCAGUCGGACGAGGGUAAAGCUUCCGAAGACUCGCCACAGAGUGCUUCGAAGUUAUUUGGCACGGCCUAUAGCUCCAGCAGUGACAACACGUGCUCCACGGUGGUAUCGAGGAAUCGGUAUCUCGGUAAAAAAGGAUCCGCCGACAUAUACGUGAACGGGGCAUUUCCCGUGGGGAACAGUCCGACCGAUAGGAACGAGGAGAGGUCGUUUCUGAGCACGGAAAAUUUUCUGCUGGAAGAUCCAAGGAAUAUGUCGAGACAGAGCUCGAGUAAUGCCCUAGUAAAAUCGUUAUCGUGUCAGGAUCUGUCGAGCGAUCCACAGAACAUUCCAUUUGCCGAGAAGCUGAGGAUUUUCGAUGGCGACGGCAAAGGUCAGAAACUGACGAAAAGCGACAACACCCUUGACGCCUCGUCGAACGCCUCGAAGCCAUUCAGGAGUCAGUUAAACGUGACCCUGAAGUUACCGCGGAUGAACUUGCCGCCGAGUCCGGAGACCCCGGAAAUUCCGAAGUUACCGACAAUCGACUAUAGGCUGUUCAGCAACCCGUUUCUACGUGACUUCGAGCAGAGCAGCUCGAACUAUGCGAACUUGGGUUAUCAGUGUCCGGUGACGAGGCCAUUGUCGAUUCAGGUGAACGAGAACGGCUACAAUCGGCUCAAUGGCAAUUCGAACUACUCCAAUCCCAUAGUGACGCAGCCUCCUAAUCAGCCCGGGGACUUGGAGGGUGAUUACUGCCGGAUACGCGGACUGGGCCGAACGGAGGAGCAGCGCCUCCUGAUGGCGACUAAUCAGCCACGGGACAACAGGAUGACGUCAUCGACAAAGGCACAAGACUAUCAGGUGACGUCCUUCGAAGGACCUAAUCCGCACACGUUGCUGCCCCCUCUGAAGCCUUUCGAUCGAUUGCCCACCCCGAAUCCGAUACUGCAGAACCAGCUGCUCUAUCAGAACCUACCGGUCUUACCCAAGGUGCCGACAAUUUUCGGUCAGGGUGUCAUGACGUCGUCGAUGAUGAACCGAAUGUGGAACUACGAUCCGAUCGCGACCAAGGUACCAGCUCAGACCCAGACCUCCAUAGACGGUGACUCGCAGAAGGAGGACUUGGAAGUCUGCAAGAACGUCAAGUCCCCGGAACCCGAGAACACGAGUCAGCCUAGUUCGCCCACGACGUUGCGACGUCGCAAGACCCUUCGCAAGGACAGGUCCACCUCGGUCAAGGACAAGAGACCUUUGUCCCCGGCUGCUCAGAGACGCAGGGAACGUCUGAGGAAGCAGAGCAGCGUCACGUCCUCGGAGGUCCCUGACUCGCCGCAGAAGUCCUCGCAGAAGUCGAGGAACUUGAGUCUCAGUACUACGACCACCUCGGAGCAGCAGGACAAGAACGAGAGCAGAUCGUCAUCCUCGGGACAGGACUCACCCAAGAAGGAUCAAACGCGACGCGUCUCCAUCUACUUUAACGCCAAGAAACGUUCAUCCCUGAGUUCGGUCAAGACCCACAGAAGCGGCAGCUUGGAUAAUUCCAAGGACAGGUAUCUGACCAGGGCUGACACCCUGGACGGCACUACCACCAAUUCCGAGCGCGAAAGAACCAACUCUGUGAGCAGCAGGGAGACCAUAGCCAAGGGACGUAAAAUGAGUACCAGCAGUGGCAAAGUGCCCUGGUGCGCUUGUUGGGGUAACGGCUGUAUUUAGGCGAACCGUCUGCACCCUGAACGGGCCUGAAAAUAUAUUCGAUCGACUUACGUCAAUACGAGGAAAAAGCAGUGAUAACGAACUGAUCGUCGCGGAAAAUUUUCACAAUAAUUCUAUGAUAUAUCCACGAGGAAAAAAACUCUAAAUAGUUUUUAAUAUAUAUUUAUCGAAGUAAAUAAUAAUAUUACAAUAGAAGGAUUAUUCACGAAAGACUUACCACCUGAAGUUAGCCGACUUUUAUGGGAAAUAUCUUCGGGUUGGACGUUUGUCGUGAAUAACCCCCAUAUACGUACUAUACAGCAGUUUUAAUUGUAAGUCACAGCCAUUCGAGCCUCAGCUAGUCCUCGCUCGAUGGUAGAAUUUAGAGACUGUCUUGAUAUAAAGACGCGUACACAUGUUACUCCUUAUAUCCGUAACUACGUAACACUCCCAUGAAACACGAAAUAAAGUAAAAAUAUAAAGACUCCACGUAGUUCGCUGUUUAUAUGGGAUAACGAGAUAGAAUGAUAGGCGCACGCGAGCUUUUAUCCCUUCCCUUUUGUACUGACGAAGCCGAUAAAAAGCACACUUGUAUACAGUGCAUUUUGUACCGCUGAGAAAUAUACUUUUACCAUUACACCCUAA